UACCUUUCGUAGUCGCGGCAUUCUUUUCCGUUUUUCGCCGGUAGUUAAAAUGGCAGCCUGUUCAACGUGCGGUUCAGUUAUUCGAGAAAACGGUAUAAGCACCCCCUCUGGAAAGACUGUAAAUGGGCCUAAUUUGGAAGCAAUGGACGUCACCCCAGACAAAGCACUCAACGAUAUUCCGGCCGAAGAGAUGACUUCGCGUGAUUAUUAUUUCGAUUCUUACGCUCAUUUUGGUAUUCACGAAGAAAUGUUAAAAGAUGAAGUUCGAACUCUAACGUAUCGUAACAGCAUGUAUCAUAACAAACACUUGUUUGUGGGCAAAACCGUUUUGGACAUUGGUUGUGGGACAGGGAUUUUGAGUAUGUUUGCUGCUAAAGCCGGUGCUAAAAGGGUUAUUGCUAUUGAAUGUUCAAAUAUAGUUGACUACGCCAAACAAAUAGUUGAACAUAAUAAGCUUGACCAUGUAAUUACAAUAAUUAAGGGUAAAGUUGAGGAAGUAACAUUGCCUGAUGGAGUGGAGAAAGUCGACAUUAUAAUCUCAGAAUGGAUGGGUUACUGUUUGUUCUAUGAAAGUAUGCUUGACACAGUAUUAUAUGCAAGAGACAAGUGGUUGGAACCCAAUGGAUUACUAUUUCCUGAUCGUUGCUCUCUUUUUAUAACUGCUAUCGAAGAUAGACAAUAUAAAGAUGAGAAAAUCAAUUGGUGGGAUGACGUUUAUGGUUUUGAUAUGAGCCCAAUUCGUAAAGUUGCUAUAAGUGAACCCCUUGUUGAUGUAGUUGAUCCAAAACAAGUUGUCACUAAUGCUUGCCUGGUCAAAGAAGUGGAUCUCUAUACUGUUACCAAGUCAGAUUUGGAGUUUACAGCUCCUUUUAAUCUCCAAGUACGCAGAAAUGACUACAUCCAAGCCCUUGUUACUUUUUUUAAUGUUGAGUUUACCAAGUGCCACAAGAGAGUAGGUUUUAGUACUGCUCCCGAAGCUCCCUAUACCCAUUGGAAACAAACGGUAUUCUAUUUCGAAGACUACAUGACCGUUAAAAAGAACGAAGAAAUUUACGGAACAUUUUCUAUGAAACCGAACCCAAGAAAUAAUAGAGAUCUUGAUUUUAUAAUCGAGCUUGAUUUUAAAGGUGAUCUUGGUGAAGUGCAUGAAGUUAAUCGUUACCGAAUGCGCUGAAGAGAGCUAAUUUUUUCACUUAAUGACAAGAAGACAAAAUGUUGUGUUCCUUGUAUAGCUUUCUACUGUAGGAAAAGUGUCAAGUCUACAUACAAUGUUGUUAAUUGUACUUUAAAAAUGGUUUCUUUUGCCUUACCAGUGACCACAAGAAUUUCCCCGUGUCUUCUUCCUCACAUAAUCAGAAUCAACUCAAAUUUUGCAGUAAUAGACAAAAAUAUGAAAGCAAACAGUUAAAUUGUAAGACUCAAGAAAAAUUUUCUCAUUAUUUUAUUCCAUUGUUUCUCGUUAUUUUCUUUUUAUGAAUUUUUCAGUUAACAAUUAUGUUACUGCAAUUUAUAAUUACUGUAGGAUUUGUAUUUCAUCUAGACAUAAGGUAACUUUAAUAAGAAAAAUAAAAGCCUCUAAAGUGACUAAUAACUUGUAAACGUGUGAGAUUACAUUCUGUAACAAAGUAUUUAAAAAAACUGUUACUUAAUGAUUUUAAUGUGAACAAGUUAUAAAAUUACUAGCCUUUUUUUCAAUAAACCCUUCGAUUUC